AUGGCCAACAUCUACUAUCUGAACAAUCCACCUAAUCCCCUUUGGGAUUUUAUGGGCACUUCACUCGAGGAUCAUCCCUUCUUUGCUCCUCGUGGCCAUCACCCUCAUCACCAUCGCGACCACCACCGCCGCGGUCCCUUCUGGGGAUGGGGUGCCCAGCCUCAGAACGAAUCCACCCGCGAGCCCGAAGCAGACCAGACUCCAGCACAAGAGUCCGAUCCAACCCCAGGUCCCUCUGUCGAGUCAGAGAAGCGCAAUACGGAGAAAGAAGCCACAACCUCCGGGUCCGACACCGAAACUUUUGGCCACUAUGGUCGCUGCGGCGGUAAGAACAAGGGACGCGGUGGAAGAGGAAAACAUGGCCAUGGCCAUCAUCACAGAGGCUUCCACGGUCCCCUCCUCCCGGUCCAUAUGGACACCCAGGCCAUCACGGCCCCUCCGGUCAUCCCUUCUGGGCAGCUGGUCAUGGUCGCGGCCCUCGUCCCCACGGAGGAUGCAGAGGGACCAGGCUUCGACUUCUUGCGUGGACUCGCAGAGCAGUUUGGCUUCCCGGUCAACGAGCAAGCUGGCGAGGGUGCUGACUUUACGCCUCCCGUUGAUGUCUUCGACACUACCGCCCAAUACAUUGUGCACGUCUCUCUUCCCGGUGCAAAGAAGAACGACCUAAGCAUCGACUAUGAUGUUGAUGAGUCUGCUCUCCGCCUUGCUGGAGUUAUCUAUCGUCCCGGUGUGACUGAGGACUUGCACGAGGCUCUUGUUAUGGAGGAGCGAGCCCGCGAAGUCGGUGUCUUUGAACGCGAAGUCCGUUUGGGAAGUCGUGAGGCCCCGGCUGAUAUCUCUGUCGACGAAAUUUCGGCUAAGCUCGAGGAGGGUGUCUUGGUUGUUACUUUGCCGAAGAUUGUUCGUCAGCCUGAGCCGAAGAAGAAGGUUGUUGUUGAGGAUGGCAACGUCCUGAAUGAAAAAAGCCCCGCCUAUACCUCUGAGCGAGCGAGCGUGACCAUGACCCCCACUGAGUCCGAGGACGAGAGUGAUGAAGAGGAGGGCGAGGCGAAAGAGUAUGUGAAGAUCCCCGUGGAGUAA